GCACAUACGUCUCAUCAAAGGCCUAUUUUUUUCCAAUCUUUGUCUCUCUCCAUGCGCGCACGUUAAGGUACUCCCUCAUUCUAGUUUGAGAGUGAUGUGGUAAAGUAUCGGCUUCAAAACCACAUCUGCAUAAUGUUCUGAACUAUAGAACAAGAUAUACUUUUCAUGGACAGUUUAUUAAUAUUGGGAUAAAAAGGAAACUUUCUAUGUUAUGAAUUUAGAAAAUCCAAGAGUUUGCCAAUAUAAUCAACAAUGAUCGGAAGGAAUGCUAUGGGACGUUCUUCGCCAUUACUUUUGGUUCUUUUGGCUCUUGGAGUUUUCUUUGCCACAUAUAAUUUGUUAACUAUGGUAAACAACUAUAGAUCUGCUGGGAAAUCGUUAGGUGGUUUUUCACAUCAUACAUUAUUGUCUGACCCUAUUGUCGAGAUGCCUAAGAAUGUUAGACGGCCAAAGAAUUCCAGGUCACUCUUCCAUGUUGCUUUAACUGCCACCGAUGCUCCUUAUAGCAAAUGGCAAUGUCGCAUUAUGUACUACUGGUAUAAGAAACAGAAGGACAUGCAGGGGUCUGAGAUGGGAGGAUUUACUCGGAUUUUGCAUUCAGGAAAUCCUGAUAACUUGAUGGAGGAGAUUCCUACUGUUAUAGUUGAUCCUCUUCCCGCAGGUCUAGACCGUGGGUAUAUUGUGUUAAACAGACCAUGGGCUUUCGUUCAGUGGCUAGAGAAGGCUACAAUUGAAGAAGAAUACAUAUUGAUGGCAGAGCCUGAUCAUGUAUUUGUGAGGCCUCUCCCUAAUUUGGCACAUGGAGAUUAUCCUGCUGGUUUCCCAUUUUUCUACAUUACGCCUGCUCAGCAUGAAAAGAUCUUGAGGAAGUUUUAUCCCGAGGAAAAUGGCCCGGUGACAAAUAUUGAUCCAAUUGGCAAUUCCCCUGUCAUUAUCAGGAAGGACUUGCUGGAAAAGAUUGCUCCUACCUGGAUGAAUGUUUCUUUGAGAAUGAAAGACGACCCUGAGGCCGACAAAGUUUUCGGAUGGGUGCUAGAAAUGUAUGCCUAUGCUGUGGCAUCUGCUUUACAUGGGGUGCAGCAUAUUCUCCGGAGGGACUUUAUGCUUCAGCCCCCGUGGGAUUUGGACAUUGGUAAGAAGUUCAUAAUUCAUUUUACUUAUGGAUGUGACUACAACUUAAAGGGUGAAUUGACAUAUGGUAAAAUUGGUGAGUGGAGAUUUGACAAGAGAUCAUAUUUACGUGGACCUCCACCAAAAAAUCUCUCGCUGCCACCACCUGGGGUUCCUGAAAGUGUGGUUACCCUUGUAAAGAUGGUAAAUGAAGCCACCGCUAACAUUCCAAAUUGGGAAGCACAGUAGACUUGAUUGUAUUGAAGAUAUAAAGGCCUACAUUACGCGGAUUUUCAAAUUGGAAAA